UUUUUUUUAACCAAGGGAGCAAAAUAUAUAUCAUGCUUCUGUUUUUCCAAAAAUAACCUGAAUAUAGUAAUGAAGUUCAGUUUUGUUAUUGAUAGUUUGUGGCAGAAUCUCCAUUUGUAGCACCUGUUUUCUACUUAAUAUAAAGGACAUGUUCAGGUUCUAGAAUGAAAAAAUGGUGACAUUGAGUUGCUUCAACAGCAUGAAACUGGGUCCAAAAGACCAACUGAGCAAAUAUAUUAAUCUCUGCUACUUUAUUUUAAAUAGAAUGUUUAAUUUUUUAAGAUCUAAUAGUAUCACUAUAACUAAGCAGUCAUGUUCCUGAUGACCUAUGAGGAAGUAAUAAUCUUAAAACCAGGUUUUAAGAUGAGUUAGCCAAUUCUGUUACUACUUAAACUCUUUAUUUGGAGGGGAAUUUUAGAUUGUUUUGUCCUCCCUAUUAAAAUGAUUGUAGAAAGACAAAUUACUUAAUUUGAGAAAGAUUUGAGAUAUACCAUAUUUCGCUGAAUCUAAGAUCUCAUCAAUUGUAAGACACCAUUAUUUUAUGUACCUCUAAGAAAUAAAAAUGCUGCUAAUUAAAACACAAUAUGCCAUUAAUUGUAAGAUACUUCUUGAUAACAGAAAUAUUAAAAUGGGCAUCUUAGAAUCAGUGAAAUAAGGUAAUGUAUUAUUUUCCUCCUUUAAUGUACAUCUUAAGCUUUUUUUCUGCCUACCAAACUUCAGUUCCUAAAAAGCAAAAUAAUUUGAAUAUUUUUGCUGUAGAACAUUUGGGGAGCAUAGCUUUUCACCAUGAAAAGAAGCAAGCUUCACAAGUCAGACAUUUUAUCUUCAGGUUGGUUGAAUGCCACCGAAACAUUCUAGUGGCCUAGAGAAGUUGACCUACCUAUGGAGAUACCUGACACUAAAUGGCAUUCUGAUGCCCUAAAAUACUUUAUGCUUCAUAAAAGGUUUUAAUUUUCAUCACAGGUUACUAUGUACCAUCAUGUUUACAUUUUAUGUAUAAAGAUUUUGCGAAGGUGCAGUUGUGCAUAAUUGUCCCUUAAAAUGUAUCGGAAUAGGAUUUAGAAUCUUGCCCUAAAUGCACAGAAGAAAAAAGAAUAAAAGAUUUCUCAUUUUAGAUGUUCAACCUAGUACUAAACUAAUAAAAUCAAAAGUCAUGCACAAAACUACCUCCCAGAGAAAGGCUAGUCCCUUUUCCUACCUAUCCAUUUCAUUAUGAACAUAGUAGAAAAUAGCAUAUUUUUAUCAAAUUUGAUGAAAAAUGCCAAUAUGUUUGAACUGAAAUAUGACCUUUCAUGUGAACUGUACCGAAUGUCUACGUAUUCAACUUUUCCUACCGGGGUUCCCAUCUCAGAAAGGAGUCUUGCUCGUGCUGGUUUCUAUUACACUGGUGUGAAUGACAAGGUCAAAUGCUUCUGUUGUGGCCUGAUGCUGGAUAACUGGAAAAAAGGAGAUAAUCCUAUUGUAAAACAUAAAAAAUUGUAUCCUAGCUGCAGAUUUGUUCAGAAUCUAAAUUCAGCAAACAAUUUGGAAGCUACCUCUCAGCCUACUUUUCCUUCUUCAAUAACGAAUUCCACACACUCAUUACUUCCAAGUUUGGAAAACAGUGGAUAUUUUAGUGGCUCUUAUUCAAGCUUUCCAUCAAGUCCUGUGAACUCCAGAGCAAAUCAAGAUUUUUCUACCUUGAGGACAAGUCCCUACCACUGUGCAAUGAAUACAGAAAAGGCCAGAUUACUUACUUACCAGAUGUGGCCAUUGACCUUCCUGUCACCAACAGAUCUGGCAAAAGCAGGCUUUUACUACAUAGGCCCUGGAGACAGAGUGGCUUGCUUCGCCUGUGGUGGAAAAUUAAGCAAUUGGGAACCGAAGGAUGAUGCUAUGUCAGAACACCUGAGACAUUUUCCCAAUUGCCCGUUUUUAUCAAAUCAGCUUCAAGACACUUCAAGAUACACUGUUUCUAAUCUGAGCAUGCAGACACAUGCAGCCCGCUUUAAGACAUUCUUUAACUGGCCUUCUAGUGUUCUAGUUCAUCCUGAGCAGCUUGCAAGUGCAGGUUUUUAUUAUAUGGGUCACAGUGAUGAUGUCAAAUGCUUUUGCUGUGAUGGUGGACUGAGGUGUUGGGAAUCAGGAGAUGAUCCGUGGGUGGAACAUGCCAAAUGGUUUCCGAGGUGUGAGUACUUGAUAAGAAUUAAAGGACAAGAGUUCAUCAGUCAAGUUCAAGCCAGUUACCCUCAUCUACUUGAACAGCUGUUAUCCACAUCAGACACUCCAGAAGAUGAAAAUGCAGAGUCACCAAUUAUUCAUUUUGGACCUGGAGAAAACCAUUCAGAAGAUGCAGUCAUGAUGAACACACCUGUAGUUAAAGCUGCUUUGGACAUGGGCUUUAGUAGAAGGCUGGUAAAACAGACAGUUCAGAGUAAAAUCCUAACAACUGGAGAGAAUUAUAAAACUGUCAGUGAUAUUGUAUUAGAUUUACUUAAUGCAGAAGAUGAAAUAAGGGAAGAGGAGAAAGAAAGAGCAACUGAGGAAAAAGAAUCAGAUGAUCUAUCAUUAAUCCAGAAGAAUAGAAUGGCACUUUUCCAGCAUUUGACUUGUGUGAUUCCAAUCCUGGAUAGUCUACUAACUGCCAGAGUGAUUAAUGAACAAGAACAUGAUGUUAUUAAACAGAAAACACAGACAUCUUUACAAGCAAGAGAACUGAUUGAUACUAUUUUAGCAAAAGGAAAUAUUGCAGCCACCAUAUUCAAAAACACUCUACAAGAAAAUGAGCCAAUGUUAUACAAGCAUUUAUUUGUGCAACAGGAUGUAAAGUAUAUUCCCACAGAAGAUGUUUCAGAUUUACCAAUGGAAGAACAAUUGCGGAGACUACAAGAAGAAAGAACAUGUAAAGUGUGUAUGGACAAAGAAGUGUCCAUAGUGUUUAUUCCUUGUGGUCAUCUAGUAGUAUGCAGAGAUUGUGCCCCUUCUCUAAGAAAAUGUCCUAUUUGUAGGGGUACAAUCAAGGGUACAGUUCGCACAUUUCUUUCAUGAAGAAGAUCCAAAACUCUGUCUAAAUUUAAAGAAUUAGUGGAUUAAAUGUAUAUAAUUCUAAUUCUUAUACUGAUUUGGUUUCCUUCAAUUUUUUUUAUCUACAACUCUGAAAAUUUUGUUUUAUACAAAUAUAUUUAUAUAAAUAUAUAUUUAAAACAUGAACAGAUAUAUUUUAGGUACCAAGGGAAUGAUAGGCUUUUACUAUUGUGAAAAAAAAAUAGGGUGAGCACUACAAACACAAUACCCAAUUGAAAUUUCAGCGUUAUUGAAGUAACUGAAGUAAAAUUUAAGAUAUUUGAAUUUACCUUUUAGAAUUAUAAAUAUUUUGGAAUUGAAUUAAGAACUAGGAACAUGGAUUUCUCUGCCUUUUUGAUCUGUGUCCUAUACAUAGAAGGUCUCAAUAUUUGUUGAAUGACUUUGUAGGGACAUGGUGUUUUUGUAAAGGAUUAUGUGAAGAACAAUUAAUAAAGCAACAAAAAUUA